UGAACUUUCAAUUUAUUUCUAAAUUUUACAGACGAUCGUCAAAGGUAAGCAAAUCUUAAUGGAGGAAAAUUACAAAGCUGGCGACCCAUUUCCAGAGAAAAUCGAAACUAAAGAAGGUUUUUCAAUGGUGUUAGAAAACACUGCAUUAUUCACUGAUUUAAUAGUUCGUUUCCCGUUCGUGGCACAACGAGAAUUAAAACAAAAUACUGAUUGGAAAGAAACCAUAAUAUGGGGUAAAAAUGUAUGCGAAAAAAGCGGCGUUUUUACUGAAAAACAUCAAAAAAUUUUGCACAGCUUAGGACAGGAAUUAAAAAUUGACGAACCUGACCCAAGUUAUGAAAACCCGUUUAAAAUCAAACCGGAAGUCGAUCAAAAAACUGAGGAAGAAAGACAAAAAGAAUAUGAAGAUAAAAAGCGGAAGGAGAAACUUGCUGCAAAAAAGAAAAAUAAGAAAUCGGGACCAAAGUUAUCCAAGAAUGAACUGUGAUGAGACUGACAAAAAUGACGGAAAAUUUUUCCCAAAAUAAAUUUUGCCAUCGAAGCCAAUUAAAAAAUAUUGCCAAAUUGUAGAAUUUCAAAAAUUGAUGAAAUUAAAUUUAGUUGAUAUUUACGAUACGCAUUCAUAAUAUAAAACUAACUAAAAAUGAAUCAAAAUGAACAAUUCAGCAUAUCAGCAAA